AUGCCAUCGGCUGCUGCAAAUCAUGCCGCGAGGUCCGACUUCACAUCUCAAGGAGAGGAAAAUGCAAAUACCAUCGUCAGCAAAAUGGACGGCGUUGUCAGGAAAGCAAGUAAUGCUGUCACCGGAGCUACGGCGCGAAGUCCAAGUACAGAUUCAGUCGACGAUAAACCACCGAUAGCAAUGAAGGGGAAACAGCCGGAUAAACAUAGUAUGGACUAUGUCCUCCGUUCUUUUGUCGCGGGAGGUCUCGCAGGGUGUGCUGCCAAGACUACCGUCGCUCCUCUCGAUCGAGUCAAGAUCCUCUUCCAGACCAGCAAUCCGCAGUUCGCAAAGUAUCAGGGUUCGUGGGCCGGCUUCGGGAUAGCGAUACGCGACAUAUACGCCCGUGAUGGAGUCCCAGGACUAUUUCGCGGACACUCAGCGACCCUCCUAAAAAUAUAUCCUUACGCUGCUGUAAAAUUUGUUGCCUACGAGCAAUAUCGCGCCUUAAUCAUUGGUUCAAAUCGCAAAAAUGAAACGUGGUUACGACGAUUCUCUUCCGGUGCGAUGGCCGGUGUGACAUCGGUCUUCCUCACAUAUCCUUUAGAGAUCCUUCGCGUGCGGAUGGCAUUUGAGACGAAGGCUACGCGACCGUCGCUUGUCGACAUCUGCAAGAAGAUUUAUCACGAGCACCCCCUAUCGAAGCCACCUCUUGUGAAUGCGGGGGUCGGGUCAGGUGUCACAGGAAAUAUAGCCACGGCCACAGCAGCAACAGCGCAAUCUGUAACUCCUCGUUCUGGCCUGGUUAACUUUUAUAGGGGGUUUUCUACAACUCUCUUGGGUAUGGUACCGUACGCCGGCGUGUCAUUUUUAACUCAUGACACCGUGAGCGAUCUCUUCCGUCUGCCAUCGAUUCGAAAAUAUACUACCCUUGCUAAACCUGCCAAUGCUCCUGCCGAUAAGCCUGCACCGCUCCAAGCAUGGGCUGAGUUGAUAGCCGGAGGACUUGCGGGUGUUGUAUCACAAACCGUGUCUUACCCGCUGGAGGUGAUUAGACGGCGACAACAAGUUAGCGGGGCAGUGGGGGAUGGUCGCCGCUUGCGAAUAGGUCAGACGGCGAGUAUGAUCUUUAGAGAACGAGGGAUCCUCGGGUUCUUCGUCGGAUUAUCGAUUGGUUAUGUGAAGGUAUUACCUAUGGGUGCCGUAAGCUUCUAUACGUGGGAACGGUUGAAGAUACUAUUCAACAUCUAA